GUCUCGCGAUACUGCAUGCCCUAUGCGCGUGCGCAGGAGCGCGCGCGUCGGAGGAGCUGAGUUGGAGGAUCAUGGCGGAGCGCAGGAGGCACAAAAAACGGAUCCAGGAGGUGAGCGAGCCCACCAAAGAGGAGAAGGCGGUGGCCAAGUACCUCAGAUUCAACUGCCCCACCAAGUCUACGAACAUGAUGGGACACCGAGUGGACUACUUUAUUGCAUCCAAGGCAGUGGACUGUCUUCUGGACUCCAAGUGGGCCAAGGCUAAGAAGGGAGAGGAGGCACUGUUCACCACCAGAGAGUCUGUGGUGGAUUACUGCAACAGACUCUUAAAGAAGCAGUUCUUCCACCGGGCUCUCAAAGUGAUGAAGAAGAAACCAGAGAAAGACACCAAGAAGGAGAAGGAGAAGGAGAAAGAGAAGGAGAAGGAGAAAGUGAAGGGAGACAGCAGCAAAGAGGAGGAGAAAAAAGGGAAGAAGGAGAAAGAGAAGAAAAAAGAGUCGGAGGCUGUUGAAACCAAGAAAGAGAAGAACGAUGACAGUCCUGGAACCCCCAAGAAGAAGAAAGAGGUGAAGAAAAAGUUUAAGCUGGAGCCUCACGAGGAUCAGCUGUUUCUAGAUGGAAAUGAAGUGUAUGUUUGGAUUUACGAUCCUGUUCAUUUCAAGACCUUCGCCAUGGGGCUGAUACUUGUCAUCGCAGUGAUUGCAGCAACGUUGUUCCCACUGUGGCCGGCAGAAAUGCGUGUAGGAGUUUACUAUCUUAGUGUCGCAGCGGGCUGCUUUGUGGCCAGUAUAUUGCUGCUUGCUGUUGCCCGCUGCAUCCUCUUCCUCAUCAUCUGGCUGGUGACGGGAGGGCGGCACCACUUCUGGUUCCUCCCGAACCUGACGGCAGACGUCGGCUUCAUCGACUCGUUCAGGCCGCUCUACACUCACGAGUACAAAGGACCACGAGCCAGCAGCAAGAAGGGCUCGGACAAAACGGACGACAAGGACAGCGGCUCCUCCAGCAAGGCUCAGAAGUCAGACAGCGACGAGAAGUCAGACAGCGAGAAGAAGGACGGCGACGACGAGGAUGAGGAAGAGGAGGAGGAGAGCAAAGAGGGGGCGCCAGAGGAGAGUAAAGAAGCAGAGGGGGAUGGGACGGACCGACACUCAGACACAGACAGCGACCGUCGUGAGGACGAGGGCUCGCAGCACAGCAAUGGAAACGACUUCGAGAUGAUCACCAGGGAGGAGCUGGAGCAGCACACGGAAGAAGAGGAGGAGGAAGAGGAGGAGGAGGAGGAAGAUGAGGAGACGCAAGAAGAGAGGAAAGAAGGGGGUGGGAGUGAGACUAAACCCCUGACUGCUGAAACAUAAACUCUUUACAAUCCCAUCACUCUCUACUUCUCUCUCUCUCUGUCCUUGCCUCCCUUUCUCCUGUGAUCCCAGGACCUGCUCGUCCGGCCUCUCUGAGCCCACUGAGGCCGAGGAGAGCCUCCAUCUCUUGUUGUUGAGAUCUUCCACUAAACAGUACCAGAAUAGACAUGGCGGUGAAAAGCAAAUGGCUACGACAAUGUACGGGGAAAUCAAAUCUAUAAAAAAGAAGAAGCCUUAUGGUGGAUCUGAUUCCACCCACCCAAAUGUUAUUUAUGUAUGAAGUGAAAACCUGCCUGAGGAAGUCGUCAACUAAAAUUCAGCCCCAAAUGGAGGGUUUUCAUUUCUUUCUUACGUCAUCAAGUAGCUUUUUCAGAGUGUUUUAUUUAUGUCCCCUGUCUUUGGUAACAUUUGGAUGUGAUAUCCGUGAGGUCAGAUCCUGAUCUUAGAUACAGAUGACAGAGAAGAGCUAUAAUACUAAACCGACCUAUAAAAGAAGACAUGCCGGUUUCCCCCCCCCCCCUUUUUUUUUUGAGCUCCAUGUUGUGGGUACAAUCACAGAAAGCCCUGGUCCUUUCACCUGUUUUUGGUGAGACGUCAGGAGCACUUUUCACAAGUCUGACAGCUCUCUCGGGCAGCCAUUCAAGCAAAGUGACCAGCUUUGAAACCUGAACCAAGCCAGAUGGACCAAAUCCUGUAGUUUAUGCCCAGGAACCUAAAAAAAAAUGACCAUAUUGAAGCUGGAUGGAGAACAGAAUAGAACAGCUCUUUGAGGUACUUGCCAUUCUCAGUUUUUUCUUUUGUUUUUCUGAAGUACUUCUAGUUCAUGUUUAAUGUGGGACUCAUCUUUAAGAGUAAUCGUGAGCAACUGGGACACAGCUGGCGUACUUAAAUUUUCUUUUUUAAAAAAAGAUCACAGCAUUUGUUGUACAACUAAACCUAGAAGAUGUUCACUGAUCACAAACAGAACCAGAUAUAAAGUUAAGCGAACUCUUGUGCCAAAAACGUCUGAUAAUAACGAUGUUCUGCAUGCUGAUUUUAUGUGGAGAGCUGAGAGCGAGGGGAACAUUUUUGUUCAUUCAUUCAUUUUUGUAACUGCAGUGUCAAACUCCUCCAAACCUUUCACAUCUUCGGAACAGAAUAGGGAUUAAAGGAUAAAGUCAUCCAAAAAUCAAAAUUCAGUCAUUCUCCACUGGACCCCAUGUUAAUGGAAAGUCAGGUGAAGUUUUGUCGUGCAUAAACCAUUUCUAGAGCUUUACAGCAAAACUGUGUUACUAAAACUAAAGAAAGAAAUGCAAAUAAAAUGGCUCCAUACAGCUCAUCCAGCAUAAUCCAUGUCUCUGGAAGUCUCAAGAUCCACUUUAUUUUGAUCCUGUGAACGCACAGUCGAGUGCUAACACUUUUAGCUUAACAACUACAAUGAAGAUUUUGGCUUUAAAAGGUGAAAGUAACAUCAUGUGUCAUCAAGGUGAACGUGUGUAAUUGGCAUUUAGCGGCAAAAGCUUCAGUCGGCUGCAAUGGAAAGACAACACUAACUCUAUUUUUCCCCUGUGUCAGGCACAAUGAUAAGACGUGUUCAAGUUAAGGCCACUGGCUUGGUGAUACUUUUAAAUCGUCUCUAUUCUAGUGGCAGUUGAACAUCGUUUAGUUGGCGCCCAGUUUGAAACAAAGUCAAAAAAAGUGGCAUUGUAUCCUAAACAGAGAUGUGGAAAGGAGCAAGAUGUCUCACUCCUUUUUGAAAGUCCUGUUAUCAGGACCGGAAAAAAAUUAUGUGUCUAAUUGAGAAUGCUUUUUUUUUUUACCAAGACUUUAAAAAAAAAAACAAGUUGUGUGACAUAUGGGGGAAAAAACAAAGGCAAUCUUGUCUCCUGGAUGUGUGAAAAUGUUGAAUGACUUUUCUUAGCUGGUUUAGGCGAGUUUAAAAAAAAAACCUACAUAUGCGUGCUAAUUUUGGUGUAAAUGUGGCACUGGAUUACAUCAGACAAGCUGUAUGAAGUCAUUUAAUGUUUUUCCGGUUGUUUUUUACGUUACAGUUUUACAUACGUAUGUCCCCAUCUGCUUCAGUUGUUUAGAGAAAGAAUAUCUUUGCUGCGGAGCUCCAGAAAUGUGACUACGAAACUUCAGCCCACCUCCAUUAGCGUGGGGAUGAGUAGUUAAUCACAUUUCUGUUUUUGGGUGAACUGAUCCUUUAAGAAAAAUGGGGUUGUUGGUGUGUAGCUAAGCAAAGUUUUUUGGUCUCAGUGAAACCAUUUAAAAAGGAGUUCGCACUAGACGCCAUCCAGAUCAGUCUCACGCAAGCCGUCAUGUGUGAACCAGGCGACAGUUGAAUUUCCAGUCGAAGCCCAGUGACUGGCGGCCGAGGUCCAAGCUGUUCCUUCACGUUAACUUCUGGCUAGAAAUGUCUUAGACGCUCUUUUUAGUCAUAGCGAGGAUUAUAUUUAAAAGAAAAACUAGAAAUGUAUCAUUUAUAUAUAUGGAUUCUAUUGAUAUAUCAAAUAUAUACUUACAGUCUAAAACUAUCAAACUUCUCUUUCCUCCCUUACUUUCUUCUCUAUUAGGAGGUUUGAUUUUUUUGUUUGUAAUGCUCUUUUUUUUUUUUUUUUUUUACUCAUUAUUUAAGGUGACAUCUGGGGUUAGAAAACAGUGGGAAUUUACUAGAUAUCAGCAUUUUUCUGUAUUUUAUUUUUUAACAUUGGAUGUGUGAUCUGGUUGGUUUAUGCGCUGCCAUGUCUGCUUCUCACUUUAAAGAAAAAAAAGAAGGGUCAGUCAUUAACCAGAGCUGAACCGGCGGGUUGUUGUGACACUGACGGUUCUUACUCGAUCUGAUAUUUCACACAGCUUUCUGUACAGUUGUCCUUUUGUUUUGUCUGAAAAUGAACUCAUCUAGAUUGUAUUUAGUAGUUUGUUCUCUGUAAUCCCACUGAGCUUUGGAGCUCUCACAAACCACCUUGUUGUUGCUCUUGUUUUCUUUCCAAUAUCUGUUUAGUUUUUUUGUUUGUUUUUUUCGUCCUUCCAAAACGGGCAAAGUGCAUCUCUGUGUCCUGAGUUGCCAGUUGCUGUACUCUGAAUAUUGCCAUAACCAUUUCACUAAAGAGAAAAAAAAAACAGAAAAGAUCAUUUUCCCAGUUGUUCUUGACUCUUGCACAGUAUCGGUCUGUUGUUUAUUGUAGUAUUACUCUCUAUGCUGCUGCUUCUCAUCGCACAUUUCUGGGAGAAAUAAAAAGUGAAAUUGUAAAAGAUCCAUGUUUUAUCUCUGGUCGAAAAAAAAAACCCCGUGUCUUUUGAUUACCUAGUUGUCCACAUUUGGAUCAGUGUCAUUCUGAAGACUGUCUCAUGCAAUAUUGGAGUAUAAUUUAAUAAAACUGGAUGUCUGGAAAUAUAUCUGUAUCUUAUCAUUGCAAUAAAAAUAUAGAAAGCACUGUCAUA